CUGCUGCGCGAUCUCGCUCUCCGUGGCAUCGCCUUCCACCACUCCGGCAUGAUGCCUCUUCUCAAGGAGAUCGUGGAAGUGCUUUUUGAAAGAGCUCUGGUGAAGGUGGUCUUGGCAACUGAAACCUUUGCCAUGGGUGUGAAUAUGCCAUCGAGGACUGUCGUCUUGUCGAGCCUACAGAAAUUCGACGGGAAUUGUCGUCGAAUGCUCACCACCAGUGAGUACACGCAGAUGAUGGGACGAGCCGGUCGCCGUGGACAUGACUCUGCUGGAACGAUGACGGGACGAGCCGGUCGCCGUGGACAUGACUCUGCUGGAACGGUAAUUGUCACGGCCAACGUCAACGACGACUCGCAUCACAUGCCGCUGUCAAGAGAGCUGAAAGACCUGAUUCAUGGACCGGGCACAAGGCUGCAGUCCCAAUUUCGAGAGCUGACAGACCUGAUUCAUGGACCGGGCACAAGGCUGCAGUCCCAAUUUCGGUUCACCUUCUCCACGGUUCUGUGCAUGCAACGCAACACACACACAUCGCCCAUGGACCUUAUUCGCAGCAGUUUUUUCUGCGUACCUCAAGAACCAUGUGAACAGGACAGUUUGAAGAGAAUGCACGCAAUACAGAAUGCGAUUUGCGCCAGAAACGUAGGAGACUGCGUGACUGUUGCAAUGGCUUUGGCUGCGGCGGAGGCGAGAUCAUAUGGCGCAGAUCAGAGUAAAGUCUGUAAUUUGCAGGUGCGGUGUCCUGCAUAUCCGUUCACCUCAGCUCAAUCCGGCUCUGCUCCAUGCGUCACCGAGAUGGCCAACUACUACAAGGCCUGCUGUCGGUGGCGACAACUUGCGGAGGAGUGUGCAAAUGCCGCUGCCAAGCUGCCUCAGGAGGCACUUGACGAGGCCUUCCCACUAGGUCGUGUCGUUCUCUUCUACAUUCCAAAAAGCACACGUCACUGGCCACAGGAUUGGCGGUUAUUCAUGGAGACGCCAAGUGAGCCCAGUUUUGUCACACUGGGAGCUGUUCUGAGGUGUUCCAGAUACCCCGGUGACAUUUCUCUUGAGGUGCUGACAUGGGAACAGCCACGGCCUCCAAAACCAAAUGGCACCAAUGCGAAUGGUGGAUCCGAAGACGUGGAAGAGGAGAUUCUAUAUGAACGUAUGGGAUGCAUUGGGCCUGAAUCCGCACCAUUUCCACCACAGCUAAUGCCGAUGUACUGUCCUCAGGUAAAUUGA